AGUAAAUCUCCUGCUUCCCUUUCACUCUGUCUGCAAAACCCCGUAGCUAUUGACUCUCAUUCUCUUCCAAUUCCCUUUCGUCUUUAACUCAGAAAAUGAGAACGGAGAUGCCUUAGAAGAUGCGUAGUUCGAGAGCAGCAGUGGGUCUUCUUCUCAAGGCAGUCUCCAACAAGAAUAACGCUUGUUAUCCAUUUUUCCGCACACAUACUCGAUACCUCGCCUUACUACUUCUGCACUCUUCUUCUUCUUCCUCAAUCUCCAAUGGCGGAUUCCUUGUUUCCAAGCGUGGGUUUUGCGGCUACGCUGCCGAGCAGUUCUCUGACGACGAGUACGAGUGCGAUUUCGAGGGCCAAAAGGCAUCAUCUUCGGUGGCGAACAUUGACGAGUGGAAAUGGAAAAUGAGCUUGCUGUUGCGCAGCGAAAAGGACCAAGAGAUUGUAUCCAGAGAUAAGAGGGAUAGGAGAGACUAUGAGCAGAUAUCGAACCUCGCCAAAAGGAUGGGACUUUAUUGUGAAAUAUAUGGGAAAGUGGUGGUUGCCAGCAAGAUUCCUCUUCCAAACUACAGGCCAGAUUUGGAUGAUAAGCGGCCACAAAGGGAGGUGGUUAUCCCUCUUGGUUUGCAAAGGAGGGUAGAGGGUUUGCUGCAGGAACACCUUGAUCGAGUCCGGUUAAACUCUGGAAAGUUCACCGACAAUAGAGGUGACUCUGAGCACCUUGAUCAGCUUGAAAAUGCAAUUCCUGAUGAGAAUGCCGAUUCUCUUCUAGAUGGGUCUGUCAUGGAGAAGGUUCUUCAGAGGAGGAGUUUGCGGAUGCGUAAUAUGCAAAGAGCUUGGCAGGAAUCACCUGAAGGCAAGAAGAUGCUAGAAUUCCGCAAAUCACUACCGGCUUUCAAGGAGAAUGAAAGGUUGCUGCAAGCAAUUGCACAAAAUCAGGUAAUAGUGAUUUCUGGAGAGACUGGAUGUGGUAAGACCACUCAACUUCCUCAAUAUAUACUAGAGUCAGAAAUAGAAUCUGGCCGUGGAGCAUUCUGUAGCAUCAUUUGUACACAGCCUCGAAGAAUAUCUGCUAUGGCUGUUGCAGAAAGAGUGUCAGCAGAGAGGGGAGAGCCUCUUGGUGAAACAGUUGGUUAUAAAGUUCGAUUGGAGGGAAUGAAGGGAAAAAAUACCCAUCUGCUUUUCUGUACCAGUGGUAUUUUACUUCGCCGUCUGUUGAGUGAUCGCAACCUGAAUGGUAUAACCCAUGUUUUCGUUGAUGAGAUUCAUGAGCGAGGCAUGAAUGAAGACUUCUUAUUGAUUGUGUUGAAGGAUCUGCUUCCACGCCGUCGGGAUUUAAGAUUGGUUUUAAUGAGUGCCACUCUGAAUGCUGAGCUAUUUUCAAAUUAUUUUGGAGGAGCACCAACAAUUCACAUUCCGGGCUUUACAUAUCCAGUGAAAGCACACUUUUUAGAAGAUGUACUUGAAAUAACUGGGUAUAAGUUGACCUCUUUCAACCAAAUUGAUGAUUAUGGCCAAGACAAAAUGUGGAAAACACAGAAGCAGUUAGUGCCUCGAAAAAGGAAAAACCAGAUUACUGCUCUAGUUGAGGAUGCUCUUAAUAAAUCAAGCUUUGAGAGUUACAGCCCCAGGGCGCGUGAUUCACUAUCAUGUUGGACACCUGAUUGCAUAGGAUUUAAUUUAAUCGAGGCAGUUUUAUGCCAUAUAUGUCGAAAGGAACGACCAGGUGCUGUUCUAGUGUUCAUGACUGGGUGGGAGGAUAUCAGCUGUUUGAGGGAUCAACUUAAGGCCCAUCCCCUUUUAGGUGAUCCUAACAGGGUUUUGCUAAUAACUUGCCAUGGGUCAAUGGCAACAUCCGAACAGAAACUCAUAUUUGGAAGACCACCUCCUAAUGUUCGUAAAGUAGUUCUUGCUACAAAUAUGGCAGAAGCAAGCAUUACAAUCAAUGAUGUGGUUUUUGUCGUUGAUUGUGGAAAAGCAAAAGAGACCUCAUAUGAUGCUUUGAAUAAUACACCUUGUCUACUACCUUCUUGGAUAUCGCAAGCAUCUGCUCGGCAAAGAAGGGGCAGGGCUGGUCGGGUGCAGCCAGGCGAAUGCUUCCACCUUUACCCCAGAUGUGUUUAUCAUGCUUUUGCGGAAUAUCAACUUCCUGAACUUCUCAGAACUCCUUUAAACUCUCUCUGCUUGCAAAUUAAAAGUCUGCAGGUUCCUAGUAUAGGGGAAUUCUUGUCAGCUGCCUUGCAGCCACCGGAACCACUUGCUGUUCAAAAUGCCAUUGGCUUUCUUACAUCGAUUGGGGCAUUAGAUGAUAAUGAAAAUUUGACAAGUCUCGGAAAAUAUUUGUCAAUACUUCCAGUAGAUCCCAAACUAGGGAAAAUGCUGAUUAUGGGUGCCGUGUUUCAUUGCUUUGAUCCUGUUCUUACAAUAGUGUCUGGGCUUAGCGUCAGAGAUCCUUUCCUUUUGCCUCAAGACAAAAAGGAUUUAGCAGGGACAGCAAAAUCUAGAUUCUCUGCAAAAGAUUACAGUGAUCAUAUGGCUCUUGUUCGUGCAUAUGAAGGAUGGAAAGAUGCAGAACGAGAAGGAUCAGCGUAUGAAUACUGCUGGAGAAAUUUCCUUUCUGCCCAAACACUUCAGGCUAUUCAUUCUCUUCGGAAGCAGUUUAACUACAUUUUGAGAGAUGCUGGCUUGGUGGAUGCAGAUGCAAGCAUUAACAACAAGCUAAGUCACAACCAGUCCUUGGUUCGUGCAAUCAUAUGUUCUGGACUUUUCCCUGGAAUAGCGUCUGUAGUGCACCGAGAGACAUCCAUGUCUUUCAAAACGAUGGAUGAUGGCCAGGUUUUACUAUAUGCUAAUUCUGUGAAUGCACGUUACCAAACAAUUCCCUACCCCUGGCUGGUCUUUGGUGAAAAAGUAAAGGUCAAUACUGUUUUCAUACGUGAUUCCACCGGUGUAUCCGAUUCAAUACUGAUCCUUUUUGGUGGUUCCUUGAACCAUGGGGUCCAGGCUGGGCAUUUGAGAAUGUUGGAAGGUUAUAUUGACUUCUUCAUGGAUCCUAGUUUGGUGGACUGCUAUUUGAAGCUUAAGGAAGAACUUAAUGAGCUUAUUCAAAAGAAGCUUCAAGAUCCUAGCCUUGAUAUUCACAAGGAAGGGAAGUACCUUAUGCUUGCUGUUCAAGAGCUAGUAUCCGGAGAUCAAUGUGAAGGAAGAUUUGUAUUUGGCCGUGACAGCAAGAGGCCAAAGGAGUCUGGUGAUAACAGCAGAUUCACAAAAGACGGAACCAAUCCUAAGAGUUUGCUACAAACUCUGUUGAUGAGAGCAGGACACUCCCCUCCAAAAUAUAAAACAAAGCACCUUAAGUCGAAUGAAUUCAGAGCAUUGGUGGAGUUCAAGGGCAUGCAAUUUGUUGGGAAACCCAAGAAAAAUAAGCAGCUUGCAGAAAGGGAUGCUGCUAUAGAAGCACUGGCCUGGUUGACUCACACCUCAGACAAUAGUCGUGAUGAAGAGAACAACUCCCCUCCUGAUGUCACUGACAACAUGCUGAAACUUCUUGGGAAACGCAGAAGAUCAAAACGUCAGUCUGGUUGAUUGUGAUUACUGAUCUGGAAGACAGAGCUGCUGCCAUAAGGUGGUUGGUGAUAACUGUUGAGUACUACUGAUCUAGACGAUGGUGCGUAGGAUGCUCUAAGCAAUAUCUCCUUCGGAAAAAAGAAGUCUUCUUCAUCACUAAUAGGAAAGACCAAAAGACUCCUGAUUUGAGCGGGCUGGACAUUUCCUCAUUAGUAUAUGAUUAUUAGGUGCAGCAUUGGGUGAAAGAAAUAACAUUUUCUCGAUGAGAUAAUGUUGUGUAACUUUAGAAAUGGGCAUAAAUAUAACCCAGUUGGUAUAUAGUAUUUGGUAGAGUGGGAUAGUAUAUAGGAAUACAAAUCUUUUCCUUUAAGGGGGUUCUUAUAGAUGGUUGAAGUCUUCAUUGAAUCUCCGUAGCCGCUCACGCCAUUGGUGAGUCUGAAAUGUUGCAAAGGGGUGUAGAUCAUUUCGGAAAAACAUUUCGUUGAAGUCUUCAUGAGAUCUUGAUAGCCGUUGACACUUUACAUUAGUCUGUGAAGUGGCGCAAAGUGUUUUGUAUGUGGCCUCAUUAGGUCGUUGCUUUUAUUUAUAGAAAGACAAACUAAUUGCAGUGAUGGUUCUUCUGAACUCGUUAGAUAUGGAGAUACAUUUUUUUUUUUUU